GUAUCCGACUCUAUCCAAUCCAACGUUCUCCAAAUGGCGUGAGUUGUUUUGAAACGUUGUGUGAUAUUCCGCCGCCCGUAACAAAUAUCAACAAUAUCUCGUUCAGCUCAAUUCGAGCAUAUCAGUAUGAAUUGCUUGAAUCGCUACACUUUAACUUAGGUAGAACCCCGCAAAGACGCAGAAAAAUGUCGGUGGUCAUCGAGACGACGCUGGGAGACAUGACCGUGGACCUCUACAUCGCGGAACGCCCGCGAACUUGUCUCAACUUCUUGAAGCUCUGCAAGCUCAAAUACUACAACCUCUGCCUCUUCCACCGCGUGGAACAGAACUUCAUUGCGCAGACGGGAGAUCCCACGGGCUCGGGCCGCGGUGGCGAGUCCCUGUUCGCCAAACUGUACGGCGAACAGGCGCGCUACUUCGAAGCCGAGAGGAAACCGCGCUUGAAACACCUCAAACUGGGCACCCUGUCCAUGGUAAGCAGCGAAGACGGCCUCCACGGUUCACAGUUCAUCCUCACGCUGGGCGAAAAUGUAGACUCCCUAGACGGCCGCCACAGCGUCUUCGGUUGCGUGAGCGAGGGAGCCGAAACGCUGACUCGGAUCAACUCCGCGCUAUGCGACGGGGACGCGAGGCCUUACCAGGACAUCCGCAUCACCCACACGGUCGUGCUGCACGACCCGUUCGACGACCCGCCGGGGCUCGAAGUCCCCGGAGCGUCACCAGAACCGACGCUUGAGAUGCUGCGUAGCGAUCGUAUCGGGGCGCACGAAGCCCUAGACGACACCCAAGGCCGGACCAUGGAGGAGAUCGAGGAAGAGAUCAGAAAUAAGGAGGCCAAAGCUCGUGCGACCGUCCUUGAGAUGAUCGGCGACCUCCCGGAUGUAGACGCUGCGCCGCCCGAGAACGUGCUGUUCGUCUGCAAGCUGAACCCGGUCACGACAGACGAGGACCUCGAGAUCAUCUUCAGCCGGUUUGGCCCGAUCAAGAGCUGCGAGGUGAUCCGGGACCGUAAGACCGGUGACUCACUGCAGUACGCCUUCGUGGAGUUCACCUGCCGCGAGCACUGCGAGAGCGCCUACUUCAAGAUGGACAACGUGCUCAUAGACGACCGUCGGAUCCACGUCGACUUCAGCCAGUCCGUAGCCAAGCUGAGGUGGAAGGGCAAGGGCCGUGGCGUGGAGCAUGUCGACAAGGAGCAGCGGCCGGCCAAGGGUGCCCGCUAUCAGGUCAAGGAGACAGGUCGGCGUGGUGACGGCGAGUUUGAGAUGGUGUGGAGCGACGAUGAAAGCGACAGCAAGGCGGAUCGUAGGGACAAGAGGUCUGAUCAUCGGGACAGAGGCUCUAAAAGGGUGUCAAACAGUCCUGGUCGGGGCCACGGCGAUGGCAAGCACCGACGGACAGAGUGCGAUACGAGGCACGAGGAAGAUUCUCGAAAUCGCCAUAAAGACAAUUCUAGGAGUCACCACGAGGACCGUUCAAGAGGUCAUCAUGAUGACCGUUCCAGAAGUCGAAAAGAGGAUUAUUCAAAAAACCGCCACGAGGACCACUCUAGGAGUCAGCGUGGGAGCGACUCCAAGAGCCGAUCUGAGGGUCAUUCUGGAAGCCGCCCCGACAAGAGCCAUCAUAGAAGUCGCCAUUAAACCGUUUAUCUGUUUCAUUUCACCAA